CUACAUCGGCUUAACGACUGCUGCUCUGAGCUUCCUCCAACCUUUCCCGUCCAUUGCAUCUUGUCUACUCCCUUCCCACCCCAAGCAGCAGCAGCACCGUUCAAGAUGUCGAAGCUGAGGAUAUUAGUUCCCGUCAAGCGGGUGAUUGACUACGCUGUCAAGCCGCGAGUCAACAAAGCGCAGACGGCAGUGGAGAAGAACAACGUGAAGCACAGCAUGAACCCCUUCGACGAGCUCAGCAUCGAAGAGGCGGUGCGCCUGCGCGAAGCCAAGAAGCCCGUCGAAGACAUCCUCGCCUUCUCCGCCGGCCCCGCCAAGUGCCAGGACACGCUGCGCACCGCCAUGGCCAUGGGCUGCGAUCGCGCGCUGCACGUCGUCGAGGAGAAGCAGGAGCUGGAGCCGCUGGGCGUCGCGAAGCUGCUGCAGAAAGUGGUCGAGGAUGAGAAGCGCAAUCUCGUUAUCUUGGGGAAGCAGAGCAUUGACGACGACGCGAACCAGACGGGCCAGAUGCUCGCGGGCCUGCUGAACUGGCCGCAGGCGACGCAGGCGAGCAAAGUGGAGAUUGACGAGAGUGACAACGUGACGGUGACGCGCGAGGUGGACGGCGGCGUCGAGACGCUGAGGGCGAAGCUGCCCAUGAUCAUCACCACGGAUUUGCGCCUGAAUGAGCCGCGGUACGCGAGCUUGCCGAACAUCAUGAAGGCGAAGAAGAAGCCGUUGGAGAAGAAGAGUUUGAAGGAUUAUGGGCUUGAUGUGGAGAAUCGGCUGAAGACCGUCAAGGUGCAGGAGCCGCCGCCGCGACAGGGCGGAGGCAAGGUGGAGGAUGUGGAUGGGAUGAUUGCCAAGUUGAAGGAGCUGGGCGCGUUAUAAAGGCCGAUGUUGGAGAGUAUGGUGUACAUAGGUAGGGAUGUCGUCUAUGAAUCUGAAUACAUUUCACUGGGCUAGUGUGCGGCUUAUCGCUGUCUUACCAGUCUGCAGAUGACGACGAGAGAAAGUCUUUUACGUUGGACAUCGAGCAAGCCUUACAGAUUGAAAUGGCCUAUAACGAUGAAAGUGGUAGGGAAC